CACACAGAGAAAAAUGUAUAGCGGAGACGCGCAAAGUUCAGUAACACCUAAUUCCCCUUCAAAAAAACGAAUUUAUUAUUCCGAUGAAGAAGAGUUUGUAUGUCCGUUGUGUAUGGAAGAGAUGGAUCUUUCGGAUAGGAAUUUUAGGCCAUGUCCAUGUGGAUACCAG